AUGGAGUAUGUCAUCCGAGGGGUUUGCGGCCAGGAGGGAUGUCGUGAGCGACGAUACUAUCUCGAUAAUGGCCUCUGGUUUUGCCGGCGCGGCCAUUUGCAAGAGGGCCGACAAGUCGAAGAAGAUCCGGAUGAUUUCGGGACCCAAGGCAAAAAGCACCGGGUGAGAAAGGAAAGGGAAGAGAGAUCACGGAAGACAUAUCGUGGUCGCCAGGCGCAUACUCUCUUUCUGCAAGCUUAUCAGAUAAUUCUUUGGAAGCAGUGCCACGCUUUAGUCCACGAUCAUGGAUUUCCCGUGCAGUUCGAGGCCGUGGUUCGUGAUCUGUGGGGCUUCAGGCUACAAGACUUCGCCCUGAGGAUCAAUGCAACCGCAGACGAUGAUGAUGAUGACGAAAGGGAACUCUUUAGCUCCCAGCCUGAGACAGAUACCUCCGACGACCCAGGCUUCAAGUCAAGAGGGAGGUUUCUUGAGUGGCCUCGUCUUUUAGAUUCUGUCGGCCUUUGCUAUCUGGCGGCCGUUCUAAUGCGGCUACCUGUUUGUGUCAGCGACUUUCACCGCUUGAUAAUACGCCAGGAUGUCCCUUAUAUUCGGGCUACAAGGGCUAUCCCUCACGAAAUGAGAGAUAAACUUCCUCCUGAAUUUUUUGCAAGACUAGAUAUUCAUCAACUUCCCAGAAUAGAAACUCUACAUCGGGGUUUCGUGCAGCUUGCACUUCAUUACCAGCGUCGGUUUGAGAUCGCUCUUCCGCCUUUAAACUCAUCUCUUAUCCUAUAUCGUCACAUUAAGAGACUUGCUGUCCCAAUUGACGUGUAUGAGACGGUCAAGACCUUGAAAGGCCUCGUUGGUUUUACCUAUGCAUUUUCUGCACCGGCACAAGGCACCAAACGGAAGCAGACACUACACCUACCGGAAGUCCAGUUGAUGGCGCUCGUCGUUAUAGCCACCAAAUUACUCUUCCCUUUCGACGAUCUGGAAAGGCACCCCGCCACAGCCAAAGAGCCCGCCACUCAAGCUAUAGAAUGGCCCCUGUGGGUGCGAUCCCAGAAUCACUUCGAUAAUCGUGAAAUUGCCUGCGGAAAUAUUGGGAAAGACCAAGUCAUUCAGCUCACUGAUAAAGAUGUACUGAACAUGGCACCCAGUCAGCUCGACGAGUAUAUGGACUGGUAUGAGAGCAACUGGAUAGAUAGUUCCCGGACCAUGAAUCCAGUUGCAGAUAUGUUCCCAACCAGCCGGACGACAGAUACAGCCGCUCAACGGCAGCCGAUGCCGGCUUCAACCCUAGCGACCGCCGCUGACCCAGAAGAAGCCCUGGAUGUCCUCGUACGCACAGUCAUGCAAGAACUGAAGCCAAAAAAGGUCGAUCCGGAUCAAGAAGAAGACGAACGCCGACCGGGCUCUUGGUACCGGCGAUAUCGAUGGGAAUCGCAACUCCCCGAGACGGCCAGGGCUUUUUACAAACUGGCUGCGCAGCUCGCGGCUAUCUCCUUGCCGGCGCUCCUCCAUGCUGUCAAUGUAACUGAAUGGAGAAUUGCAAAAACUAUAGAAGAUCAGCGACGGGCGGAAUAUUUCAGUCUGGCAAUGGAUCUGGAUAUGGAGGGUGCAAAUGACGACAGUGCCGAUGAUAUGGAGGAGCUGGAGGAGCUGGAUGAGUUGGGGCAACGCCGGCCCGCGAAUCUGCCCACCCUUGCUAAGCGAGAAUUCCUCAAAUUGUCAUCGCCUCCUCCGCCUCGAACUCAGCGACCGACCGCCGACACCAACGAAAUAUCGCAACCAGUACGUAUCGUGAAACGCGCCUGGACGCAUUCCUGUGACCCGUGUGAACUCAUAAGCUAA